AUAACUCCCUAUUUAAGCCAACGCAGUUCAAGUGUUUGCUCUCUGUACUUAUCAUAAUCUUUUAGUUUCAAGUGGUUAUUGUACAUUUCUUGAAAAGGGUGUUUUUGUUGUUGUUGGAAUCUGUACUGAUGUCGUCGAAGAGGGAUUUUCAGUUUGUUGAUGGGGGAGAUGGGAUAGCGAUGGGAGCCCCUGCAGCUCAAGAAUCAAAGAGAUUUAAGAAUGCUGUUAGGGAUGUGAUGGGAAAGCUUUCUGUGAGUGAUUUGGUGUCUGAAAUGGAACCAUUUCUUCGAGCUGUGAUCCGAGAUGAGGUGGAACGAACAGUUCAAAGAGUUCUUCAAUCCUCCUCAAGCUCCUCGCUUAAUCAGCCUCAGACAUCUGUAAAAAGAGGCUUGAUGUUGCAAUUUGUUAACAAAUUGCCCCCCACCAUCUUCACUGGUGGCAAGAUAGAAGCCGAGGAUGACAAACCAGUCACGAUUGUGUUGAUGGAUGCCAAUACCAACACAAUUGUCACAUCUGGUCCUCUAGCUUCCCUGAAGAUUGAAAUAGUUCCCCUUGAUGCUGAUUUUGGCUCUGAUGAUCAAGAAGAUUGGACCGAGUCUGAAUUCGCAGCGAGGGUGAUUCGCGAAAGAGAAGGUCGGAGGCCUUUGGUGACCGGAGACCUCGCUAUUACAUUAAGAGAUGGUGUUGGCCAACUAGGUGAUAUGGUGUUCACCGAUAACUCUAGUUGGCAGAGAAGCAGAAAGUUUAGGUUAGGUGCUAGACCUGUGCAAAAGGUUUCUGGUGAAACGAGGAUUAGAGAAGGAAGAAGCGAAGCUUUUGUGGUUAAGGAUCACCGCGGAGAGUCGUAUCAGAAACAUCACCCUCCACACUUCCGUGAUGAAAUAUGGCGAUUGGAAAGGAUAGCGAAAGAUGGUGCACUCCAUAAGCGGUUGGCAAUUGAUGGAGUUAAAUCCGUCCAGGACUUUCUGCGAUUGUAUAUGAUCGAUCCAACAAAGCUGCGCAAUGUACUUGGAUCUGGUAUCUCAAACAGGACAUGGGAUACCAUCAUCAGGCAUGCUACCACCUGUGUUGUAGAUGAUAGCAAGUUCUAUAGUUACUUUGAUGCUGGACAAAGCAUCGGCCUGCUCUUCGAUUCCAUCUACCAAGUUGUAGGAGCAAUGUUUGAUGGCCAUAAAUACGAACCCCUGCAUAAUCUCACCCCUCCUCAAAAAGUCUUGGUGGAAAACAUUAAGCGGCAAGCUUAUGAGAAUGUGGACAACUUCAUCCAGAUGGAUGCUACUGCUCUCUUUGGCCCCUCAAGGUCCUUCACAACCCUGCAGGCUGAGCCAUUUAAUGAUCCAAAUCUAGCUCAGCAGCAACUUGAAUUCCCAGUCGCACGCCAAGAUCAGCAACAAGUGCGGAUGGAUUUCUACAACUCACCUAGUUCAACAUCAUAUGGAUAUGCAGAAAGCGGCAGUCCAUUAGAAGUGUCUGUAUCUCAGACUAGUCAUCAAGUGGAAGCACUCCCUCAAGUGUUUCGGAACAGCUUCAAGUUUACAGAUUUUUUCCCCCUUCCCUACAAUGGGGAAAACAGUUGGUCUCCAAAUGGUUGGCCAGUUCUGACAAGCACGCAAUUAAGUGCUGGGGACAUGUCUGAUGUCCAAACACCAACCUGGUCUCCUGGCAAUUCAACAUGGGGGCCAGGCAAUGCCUUCAUCUUCACUGCAGAUAAUGAAGGGGAUGUAGGCAUUUUUUCUUCUCAUCCAAAUUUCGGUGUCCAUGUGUCCCAGAUUCGAGCACCAAAAGCAAGAUGGUGCAAGCUCCGUGCUGCCCUCAAAAUGGGGUCAUUCAUGCGGGACGUCGCAGCUAAAAGAAUGUCGCAAGGUCUCUGUAUGUAAAUCACUAGGCUUGUAGUAAGCUUCUCGGCAUUUAGGAGGUAAACUCCCCUAGGUGCAGGAGAGUUAGUCAUUAGAUUUCCUGUUCUCUUGCAAUCUUUUCUUUCCCAUCAUUGUAACAAAUGCAAUAAAGGGUCCUCACUCCUUUAGUCUGUUAGCUUAGUACAAUAGCUUCCAAGUUGCCCUUCUUGUAAAAAAUGUCACGAAGGGCCUUCUGUGUGUUGCCUUAGUUUGUGUUAGCUUAUGAUGAUUCCUAUAAUCAUCUCUUCACCUUCUUGUAACAAAUUACCACAGAUGGGUUCUUGUACAAAGCAGAUUUUAUUUACAAAUCACGUGAAAAGCUAUUCAAUUCCACGUGUUUUUUCAGUCAAUCCAAAA